AUGGAAACAGGAAACCAGACAGGAAUUUCAGAUUUUUUGCUUCUGGGAAUUUCACAGGAACCGGAACUGCAGCCCCUCAUCUUUGGAAUUUUCCUGUCCAUGUACCUGAUCACGGUGCUGGGGAACCUGCUCAUCAUCCUGGCCGUCAGCUCAGACCCCCACCUCCGCACGCCCAUGUACUUCUUCCUGUCCAACCUGUCCUUCGUGGACAUCUGCUUCACCUCCACCACCGUCCCCAAGAUGCUGCAGAACAUCCAGACACACAGCAAGGCCAUCAGCUACGAGGGCUGCAUCACCCAGAUGUACUUUUUCCUGCUCUUUGCAGUGUUGGACAUCUUUCUCCUGACGGUGAUGGCCUAUGACCGCUAUGUGGCCAUCUGCCACCCUCUACACUACACGGUCAUCAUGAACCCUCGGCUCUGUGGGCUGUUGCUUCUGGGGUCCUGGGCCAUGAGCACCCUUAACUCCUUGUUAGAAAAUCUCUUGAUCUUGCGCUUGUCUUUCUGUGAAGACUUGGAAAUUUCUCACUUUUUCUGUGAUUUCAACAAGGUGCUGCAACUUGCCUGUUCUGACACCUUUCUGAAUGACGUGGUUAAAUAUUCGGUGGUGGUGGUGAUGGGCGGGGGUCCUUUCAUUGGCAUCCUUUACUCCUACUCAAAGAUCGUCUCCUCCAUCAGGGCAAUCUCCUCGGCUCAGGGCAAGUAUAAGGCCUUUUCCACCUGCGCGUCUCACCUCUCCGUGGUCUCCUUAUUCUUUUGCACAAGUAUAGGCGUGUACCUGAGCUCUGCUAUGACCCAGAGCUCGCAGUCCAACGCCAUUGCCUCGGUGAUGUACACAGUGGUCACCCCCAUGCUCAACCCCUUCAUCUACAGCCUCAGGAACAAAGACAUCAAGAGGGCUUUGAAAAAUGUCAUCGGGAUGGCUGUUCUAAAAGGACCUGUUUUCUUGACACUGAAGUAG